GCGGUAUAUUUGAGACCAGGGAGAGUGAGUUAGUCAGCAUGGACGAGCUGGCGUUCAAAUUUGCUGUAAAUAACAUAAACCGCAACAAGACCCUGAUGCCCAACACGACUCUCACCUACGACAUUCAGAGGAUCAACCUCUUUGAUGGCUUUGAGGCUUCAAGGAGAGUAUGUGACCAGCUGGCUCUGGGGGUGGUCGCGGUGUUCGGCCCGUCUCACAGCUCCUCGGUCAGCGCCGUCCAGUCUAUCUGCAACGCUCUGGAGGUCCCUCACAUCCAGACCCGCUGGAAACACCCGUCGGUGAACAACAAAGACACCUUCUUCAUCAACCUGUAUCCCGAGUACACCGCCAUCGCCAGGGCCAUCCUGGACGUGGUCACGUUCUUCAAAUGGAGGAAGCUGACUGUGGUUUAUGAGGACAGCACAGGACUGAUGCGGAUGCAGGAGUUAAUCAAAGCUCCGGCAAAGUUCAACCUGAAGAUCAAGAUCCGCCAGCUGACCCCCGGCAACCAGGAUGCCCGACCGCUGCUGAAGGAACUGAAGAAAGACAAGGAGUUCUUUAUUCUCUUCGACUGCUCCUAUCGCAUGGCAGCGGAGCUCCUGAAGCAGCUCUCAUCAAUGGGAAUGAUGACCGAGUACUACCAUUUCUUUUUCACGACUUUGGAUCUGUUUGCGUUGGACUUGGAGCCGUACCGCUACAGCGGGGUCAACAUGACCGGCUUCAGACUGCUGAACUUUGACCACCCCUUGGUAGCUUCCACUAUGGAUAAGUGGGCUAUGGAAAGACUGCAAGGUCCAAAACAAGAGAGUGGCCUGAUGGACGGAAUCAUGACUACAGAUGCUGCCUUGAUGUACGACGCAGUGUUCAUGGUUGCCGUGGCGUCGCAGCGAGCCACUCAGAUGACCGUCAGCUCGCUGCAGUGUCACCGACACAAACCCUGGCGCUUCGGACCUCGCUUCAUGAACCUCUUCAAAGAGGCACAGUGGGACGGACUGACAGGGCACAUUGUUCUUAAUAAGACCGACGGCCUGAGGAAAGACUUUGAUUUGGACAUCAUCAGCCUCAAAGAGGACGGCAGUGCCAGGGGUUUUGUGGAGGCAGGAAGUCGCCUCACGAAAAGGUGGAUCAAGUUGGCAGACAGACAGGUAUGGGGGGAGGCAGCAGCUGUCAAGGUGCAGCAGCAGUGA